AUGGCGACCGUUUUAGAGUACAUAGCUGCUAUUUUGCCACGAAUUCUAUUCUCAGGUCACAGUAUUCUUGCCUUGUGGCUUCUUGUACAGCUCAAUCCUAACCAGACGAUAUUCUGGCCUUUCUGUAUUGGUUUGGGAUGCCUGUUUUUGGAGUCUAUAUACACUGUUAUCUUCCGCAAGGGUGUAGAAUAUAAAUAGUAAGUAUUCGUUCUAUAUGAGUUAAUAAUUUUUAAGGCUUAGAUGUUGUUGCUCCUCGCCUAUUUUCUUAGAGACUAGAUUCUAUACUUCUCAGCCGUUUGAACUUAUGUGUCUCUGGGAGCUUGCACAAAGAAAAUACUGAAGCAUUGGCGUUCAAAAGAUCUUAUGACAACAUUUUCAAUAUGCUAUGCAUUAUGCUGUCUGGCUCCACUUGCUAACGUCAUGAUACCACUUUAAGUGUUUCUUCAUUUUCCCAGUUUCCCCUCUGAUAAAAGUUGCGUAAUACAGUAAUAGGCCCGCUUCAGACGCCGAACUUUUAAUGAGCCGAACUUAAUUCGCAUAAAGGCCGACCCAAACUAUUUAGACCGCCUGAAUUGAUUCAGGCGCUGAUCUUAAUUCCAGCCAAACAAAAUUCAAAAGAAGAAAAAUCUUCAUUUUGGUUAAACUGCUUGCAAAAUACGUUAUUAUAAUUUAUGCAUUAGGUUCGGUACAUGAAAAGUUCGGCGUCUGAAUCAAAGCCGUUGCAAAGUUGAAAUUUCCGGCCGUCCUAGGCGUGAAGAACGGAUGAUCCGUUCCAAAUUGAAAUAGGCGUUCCUAAUUGAUUCAGACGCCGAACUUUUCAUGUACUUAAUUCAAUGUAUUAGGUUCGGUUCAUGAAAAGCCAUCGGCGUCUGAAACCAGGCCUAAAUUCCAAAAAGCAAGGCCAUCAACUAAGACGGGACAAAUUCAUAGUAGGUUGCGCUAUGGCCUGUAGAAAGAAUGUGUUGGGCUUUAGCUACAGGCUUAGCGAGUCUCCGAUCUCCUCUUACUGGGUUACAGGUGUGCAAUAUUUUACACUCGCUAUCAAAAACAUACAACGCCAGUGUGUUAGGCACUUGCAGAAUAAAUCAAAACACAACUUGAUUACCUGGUAGUCUUAAAUCUUUCAUUCAAAGAGAGUUUUUACUUGGCCGUUUCACUCUAACACGCUCUAAGUUGGGAUUUUUCUUGAUAUGCAGACUGAUUUUAGGGUUUACAAAGUCCAUUAUUGGGAGGUGCUUCCUCAGCAGUAUUAUAUAACUUAAUGUUGUAGACCGGCUUUUGUCAAAAAGGCUUUUUAAAACUAUACUUUUCUUCGGGGGAGGGGUGGCGGAGGGAGAGAAGAUCUUGAUUUGCACAUAGCUGAAAUGAAAUUCGCGGCGUGACAAGUUUGUAAGCUAGUGCUGCAUAUAAAGACCUAAAUCAGCUCUUGCCAAGACCUCUGUAAUAACGCUGCAAAUCGAUGUCUAAAAUCUAUCCCCAGGUUAAAAAAAUCAUUUUAAUUUUUCAAGGCUUCUUCUUAACCAUUUGUAAUUGUAAUUGACGAGGAGAUUUGGACAUCUUGCUGUGACGUAAUAUGAUCAAUAGAUAUGACCGGGAUCGGGAAUGGCCAAUGAAAACGUUCGGGAUUUCGGGAUGAAAGGGAAAUUUUGAUCGGGAUGGCGGGAUUAAAGAACCCUAUUAGGUACCCUCAGGAGCCUGGUACCCUCUAAACGGCUUUGGUUGGGUCGUAAGUUUCAUUGAAAACCUCAGUCUUGGUUCGGUGUCUGGACAAGGCUAUUUUUUUAUUAACGCUGAAGAGUUUAAUUAUACGAUAUCUCGAUAUACUCAGAGAAAUUACUCAAAGUCAACAGAAACUUUAACUGGGAAGUUUUAAAUUUAGCUGUUAAUCUCAACCAAAUCUGGAGAGAGUGGAAAACCAAAUUUCUACAAAUUGUUGACAAACAUGCUCCGAUUCGCACUAAGCGCGUUGGAUUUAAAAAUUCUCCAUAAAUAUUACUGCUGAUUUAAAAGAACGUAUGCAUAAUCGAGACACAUUCAAGAUUACAGCAAUCAACUCGAAUGAUCUGCUUGGUUGGGCCAAAUUCAAAAGAAUGCGUAAUAAAAUCAAUACUGAAAUUAAAGCUGCUAUACUAUUUUACAGUAAUAGGUUUAUCGAAACCAAUGGCGACCCCUGUAAAAAAGGAGCAGGUCAUCAACGACCUGUCCUCUUGAAAAGCCGCCAGUUCAUCGAUUAGAGAAAUAAAACUGUGAAGUCAAGGCAGCAAAAUCCAAGUAUUAUUGUGACUUGAUUUUAGAGGCUAAAGGGGAUUCAGGAAAGAUCUAGAAGGCGGUGAAUGAGGUGUCUUCGCGCAAGACUAAAUCCUCGAGCCCACAAUGUAUCGUAGUUGAUGGUGUUGAACACACCACCCCAGCCUCUAUUGCAUCCGUGCUCAACUGUUAUUUCUCAUCCAUUAUGCAUACCAAGAUGGCUGGACGCGUUACCACGUUGUCCGUUAAUUUUGGCCUCCUGCUCUGCCUGUUUCUUAUCUUGAAUGGCAUAAAACAAAACAAAUCAUCAACGAAGCCACUAAGCAAUAGUAGCAACCUAUAUUUUGCUUCCCAAGAAGCUUGCAGGAUUAAAAUUCAAUCUUUUCACUCUCUGGCACGGCGUCCAGCAAAACACCAAGCAGUCGGAGCUUUCCAGAAAGGCUUUAUUACGUGCAAGCUUAUACUUCAUGGCUCUCUAGCCUUGGCUCUAAUAGCGCUUGCCGGAGAUGUUGAACUCAACCCUGGAUAUAGGAGUUUGGAGGAUGUUAGGAGUUCACGAGGAUUGAGGCUUGCUCAUCUAAAUAUUCGAAGCUUGAGGAACAAAUCAGACUCGCUGCGCCUGGAGGGUUUGGAUAACAGAACGAUCGAUAUUCUUACACUCAGUGAGACUUGGCUGGAUGACUGCUAUGAAGACUCUCAUGUUAUUAUUCCAGGAUAUAAUUGCAUUCGCCUGGAUAGGUCUGGAGCCAAAGAAGGUUUUGGUGGAGUAGCAAUCUAUGUAAAGGAAGGCUUGCCGUUUCGUGUUAGGAAUGAUCUUUACUCAGCCGCAAAUGAAUGUCUAUGGAUUGAGCUAUCGCGCACUAAAUGUCGCCCAGUAUUGAUUUGUUGUGCAUAUAGAGCCCCCGGUUUUGACUUUGCGAACUUUAUUUCAAACUUGGAGAUAUCUAUGACGAAAGUUAACCUGGAAAAAUGUGAUUUCGUGCUUCUUGGCGACCUAAAUGCAAAUAUGCUGCCAUUUUCAAGAAAGAAAGAAAAACAAGAGCUUAAAAAAUUUGCAACUUCACACGAUCUUACGCAACUCAUUACUGAGGCCACCCGAGUGACGGAAACCUGUCAAUCCUUGCUUGACGUGAUUUUAGUGAACAAUGAUCACCGCAUCAAUGACUCCGGUGUUGUUCCUGUUUCGCUGAGUGAUCACUACCUCGUCUAUUGUGUUUUAAAAGCAGGUGUAAUUAAGGCACCACCGAAGACAAUUGAAUACCGCUCUUAUAAAAACUUUGAUGCGAACACCUUCCUAGCGGACUUGAAUAACGUCCCAUGGCACAUCAUUGAAAACGAGGAAGACAUCGACGACGCCGUGUUUAUUUGGAAUCACUUGUUUUCUGAAAUAGCUGACCUGCAUGCGCCCGUGAAAAGGCGAAGAAUACGAGGUGUUCCGCUCCCGUGGUUGAAUGAUACAAUCAGUGAGGUGAUGAAGGAUCGUGAUUUUCACCAUCGUAAAGCCGUGAAAACCAAUUCUGCUUUUCACUGGGCUCGCUAUAGAAAGUUAAGAAAUAGGGUCAAUCGUGAAGUCAAGGCAGCAAAAUCCAAGUAUUAUUGUGACUUGAUUUUAGAGGCUAAAGGGGAUUCAGGAAAGAUCUGGAAGGCGGUGAAUGAGGUGUCUUCGCGCAAGACUAAAUCCUCGAGCCCACAAUGUAUCGUAGUUGAUGGUGUUGAACACACCACCCCAGCCUCUAUUGCAUCCGUGCUCAACUGUUAUUUCUCAUCCAUUGGCAGAAGUCUUGCAAAUAAAAUAUCAGCUGCUGCUAUGUUCCCAGUCAGAUCGGCCACGAUGCUACAGUCUUUCUCGCUUGACGAAGUUGAUGAGAAAACAGUACUCAAGCAUCUGCUUUCUCUAAAGACAAAUAAAGCUAUUGGCUUGGACAACAUCAGUGCGAGACUUUUAAAGUAUGGCGCGCGUGCUAUUUGUCCCUCGAUCACCAAGUUACUGAAUCUCUCUAUUCGCACUGGCAAUUUUCCUGAAAUAUGGAAAUGCUCGAAAGUGGCUGCACUUUUCAAAACUGGAGAUAGGAGAGAUGCGUCAAAUUAUCGCCCAAUUUCUAUUCUGCCAACAAUGAGUAAAAUUCUGGAAAAAGUCGUCCAUUCCCAAUUCUAUGACUUUCUGAAUUCAAAUAAUCUCCUUUCAAGCAAACAAUUUGGCUUCCGUCCCAAACUGUCUACAACAUCGGCUCUCACCAGUUUUGCAGAUGAGGUCCUAUUGCAUAUGGAGAGUGGAGAACUGUGCGGUGCAGUGUUCCUAGAUCUGACCAAGGCAUUCGAUACCGUUGACCAUACGAUCUUGCUAUCUAAAUUGUCGGCUAUCAAUGUCUCGCCCAGCACUCUACAGUGGUUCAAGUCUUACCUGAAUCAUCGUAAACAGCGGACUGCCUGUAGCGAUGCUGUGUCUGACCCUCUCCCGAUGACCUUUGGGGUACCACAGGGGAGCAUUCUAGGACCGCUUCUCUUCUUGGUUUAUAUUAAUGACCUUCCGCUGGUUAUAAAGAAUUGCGAAGUGACUUUGUAUGCUGAUGACACGGUCCUGUACUACUUUGCUAAAGAGCCACACCUGUUAGAAGAGGCACUAAAUGAUGAUCUCUUGAAAGUUGCCCAGUGGUUACAUGGAAAUAAGUUAACUUUAAAUCUUACUAAGACGAAAUCCAUGAUUAUAGGCAGUAAUAGGAAACUUGUUGGUAUUUCCUCUUUCACGUUAUCUA